AUGUCUUCAAGAAUCAACACCAUCCUCAUCAUCGGGGCUACUUCGGGUAUUGGAGAGGCGUUUGCCCGGCGCUUUCACGGUCUAGGCAAAAAAGUCAUUGCUACAGGUCGUAGAAAAGACAGACUCGAUGAGUUAGCUCAAGAGUUACAAGGCCUUGAGACACGCCAGUUCGACAUUGCCGAUUUAACCAACCUUGCAACCAACGUAGAAAGCAUCCUGAAGGACUUCCCCCGUCUAGAUUCUGUCAUAAUCAAUGCCGGGAUCCAAAAAAGCUAUAGCCUUUUUGAUCCAUCAACUUCCAGCCCCGAAGCCAUUAUCAACGAGAUUAAUACAGACCUGACGGCUCCCUCUCUUCUCGUUCGUCUGUUUGCUCCGCACCUCUUUGAGUUGGCAAAGGCAGGAAGCAAAACGAACUUAUUCCUUACUACCUCCGCUUUAGCCUAUGUCCCGCUAAGCUUCUACCCGGCCUAUUGUUCGAGCAAAGCUGGUCUCCACACACUAGCCAAAAUCUUACGACAACAACUGAGUUUCGCUCCGGAAGAGGCUAAGAAGAAUCUGAGUAUAGUUGAAAUUAUUCCACCAUAUGUCGAUACAGGACUCGAUCGCGAGCAUCGCGAAAACCUAAACGUUAUGCAAGGCGGUUCGGAGAAGGCUUAUCCACCUAUGCCACUAGAUGAAUAUAUAAAUAAAUUCUUCGAGAGCUUAGAGCAGCUUGAGCAAGAUGGUUCUUUCAAGAAAGAGAUUGGAGUAGGACUUGGAAAGCUGGCUGAGGAGACUUGGAGGGGUAGCUUUGGAAAGGUAUUUGAGCAGAUGGGCCUCACUGUGUAA